AUGGAAAUUAAAGAUGAGAUAGAAUUACCAGAAUGGAUGAAGCCAUUUAUGGUCAAACAAGUUAAUGAAAAUCUUUUGAAAAAUAAAAUUUCCUGCAGUGCUCAGAUAGAAAUUUCUCAGUCUCAACCUAAAGUUGAAAAAGGUUCUGCUAUAAGGUGUAACAAUUUUUAUGAUAUUGCUGAGUGGUGUGAAAAAUUACUAAAUAAAGCUGAUACUAGCAGUUUAAUUCUGGGUUUGGAUUUAGACUGGCCAAAUGCUUAUAAAUCAGUGUUUAAGACCAAACAAAUCCAUGUUUGUUGUGGGGAAAAUGAAUGUGCUAUCUUGAAUGUUGCUAAUGUGGAGGUCAUUCCAAAAUCUUUAGCAUUACUUCUGAAACAUUCAAAUGUUACUUGGCUUGGCUUCAACAUUCACAAGGAUAUUGCUAAACUUGGAAAGGAUUUUUCUCUUGCAGUGGAUGAAGUAAUAUCUAAAAUAAAAAAUCCUGAAGACUUUGCUGAAGUCAAGUUAUCAUGCUACCAUCAUUGGUCUGUCAAGUUGGUUAUUGAAAAGGGUUCUGGAGAACCAGAAGAUGUCUCAAAACAACCUGAUAUUGAAAAGUUAAAGUUUAAAGGACUCAUUAAUUACACUAAUACAAUCAAUGACUGUGGGGCAGUUUGUGAAAAGCUGUUGAAAAUCGCUACAUUUUUUCCGAAAGAUUCAAAGUUUGUUUUUGGAUUUGAUGUUGAAUGGCCUUUCACUUAUAAAGCUGGUCCUGGUUGUGGAAAAGUGGCCUUGAUUCAGAUGUGCCCAGAAGACAGGAUUUGCUUUCUAUUUCAUGUUGCUUCUUUCAAAUCAUUACCCAAGACCCUUGUUCUUCUUUUGAAGCAUCCUCGUGUUUUGUUAACGGGUCUGAAUAUUGCAAAUGAUAUUAGAAAAAUUGGAAAGGACUUUAGAAUUGAUGUGACUGAUAUCUUAAGAAACAAUUUAACUGAACUUUGCUCUUUGGCCAACAAGAAACUUAAUGUUUCCCAGAGGUGGAGUUUGGAUGGUCUUGUAUUAAAUCAGUUAAAUUUGAUUUUGGAAAAACCUAAGGAUGUCCGCAUAAGUAACUGGGCUGUUGAUCGGUUGAAAAAAGAACAAGUUUCAUAUGCUGCAUCAGAUGCCUAUGCAUCACUUGCUGUAUACAAACAUCUCAAGAAAUCUAAAUCUCCAAAUAUUCUUUCUUUAUUGCAUUAA